ACUGGCCCAUGCUUGUGGUAUGAGUCUCCAUUCACAGGAACUGCAUUAAUGGUUAGUUGUUUGGUGAUCGUUAUUGAAACCCUAACACGCCAAUAACAUCUCCCAAAGUGCGUUGAAUGUUGAUGGCUAUAUUUUCAUUCUUUUCUUCUCUCCUUUGUUUUCCCACUUUCUGAUGCUAUGGAGAUAGAGGUAGCAAGCUGCAGUAAGAAAGGUGCCGGUGGCGCUUCUCAUGAGGAUGAGCUCAGGGGUGUUUACUUGGUUUGGCAGGACCUCACGGUGGUGUUGCCAAACUUUGGUAAUAAACCAACCAAAAGGUUGCUUCAAGGACUUAGUGGAUAUGCUGAGCCUGGCAGAAUCAUGGCCAUUAUGGGUCCUUCUGGUUCCGGAAAAUCUACUCUGCUUGACUCUCUUGCAGGUAGACUUGCCAGAAAUGUGGUCAUGACCGGAAAUAUCCUUUUAAAUGGAAAGAAGAAGAGACUAGAGUAUGGUGCUGUUGCUUAUGUAACUCAGGAGGAUGUGAUGUUGGGAACUCUAACAGUAAGAGAAACUUUAACAUACUCAGCUCAUUUAAGGCUUCCGACCACGUUGAGCAAAGAAGAAGUGAAAGACAUUGUGGAGGGAACAAUCAUGGAAAUGGGUCUUCAAGACUGUGGUGACACAGUGAUUGGGAAUUGGCAUCGAAGAGGAAUAAGUGGUGGGGAGAAGAAGAGACUUAGCAUUGCACUUGAGAUCCUCACGAUGCCCAAAUUGUUAUUCCUGGAUGAACCUACUAGCGGCCUUGACAGUGCCUCUGCUUUCUUUGUGGUUCAAUCUCUCCGGAACAUAGCUCGCGAUGGGAGGACCGUUGUCUCUUCCAUUCACCAGCCCAGUAGUGAAGUUUUUGCUCUGUUUGAUGACCUUUUCUUGUUAUCUGGUGGUGAAACUGUUUAUUUUGGGGAGGCAAAAAUGGCUGUCCAGUUCUUUGCUGAAGCUGGUUUUCCAUGCCCAAGUAGAAGAAACCCUUCGGAUCACUUCCUCCGAUGUAUAAAUUCGGACUUUGACGCCAUAACUGCCACAUUGAAGGGUUCUCAAAGACUACGCGAUAAACCAACAUCCUCGGAUCCUUUCAUGGAGAUGGCAACAGCACAGAUCAAGUCUGCCCUUGUCGAAAAGUACCGGGACUCAAAGUACGCGAAAAUGGCUCGAGCUAGGAGUCAAGAAAUAUCUAAAAUUGAAGGACUUGAGGUAGAAACAAAAAGUGGAAGUCAAGCAACAUGGUGGAAGCAACUUACAACAUUGACAAAACGAUCAUUUGUCAACAUGUGUAGAGAUGUAGGAUAUUACUGGGCAAGGAUUGUGAUAUACAUACUUGUAUCUAUUUGUGUGGGAACCGUCUUCUAUGAUGUCGGAUAUGGCAAUACUGCAAUCCUUGCCCGAGUAGCCUGCGGUGCAUUUAUUACAGGUUUCAUGACCUUCAUGUCCAUCGGAGGUUUUCCUUCUUUCAUCGAAGAAUUGAAGGUUUUCAAUAAAGAAAGGCUGAAUGGAUAUUAUGGAGUUGCGGCUUAUACACUUUCCAAUUUCUUGUCUGCAUUUCCGUUCCUAGUUACGAUUUCACUUAUCACAGGAACCAUAACAUUUUACCUGGUGAAAUUUCGAUCCGGAUUUUCGCAUUAUGCCUUCUUUUGUCUCAAUAUCUUCUUCAGCAUCGCUGUGAUUGAGAGCCUCAUGAUGGUGGUAGCUUCGAUGGUUCCUAAUUACCUUAUGGGAAUCGUAACCGGUGCCGGAAUUAUCGGGAUUCUAAUGAUGACAUCAGGCUUCUUCAGGUUGCUGCCUGAUCUUCCUAAGAUAUUCUGGCGUUACCCCAUUUCGUAUAUCAGUUUUAGCUCAUGGGCACUUCAGGGGGCGUACAAGAACGAUUUCAUAGGCCUGGAAUUCGACCCAUUACUACCAGGGGAUCGGAAACUAACCGGGGAUGAAAUCAUUACCAAGUACUUUGGGGUUUCGGUAGACCGGUCCAAGUGGUGGGAUUUAACAGCAGUGGUGGUCAUCCUUAUAUGUUACCGCCUUAUCUUCUUCAUCAUUCUGAAGAUGAAGGAAAAGGCUUCACCAUUUUUGCAAGAAAUUUAUGCAAAAAAGACACUAGAGCAUCUUGAUAAAAGGCCUUCCUUCAGGAAGGUACCAUCUCUGGCUUCUUCCAAGCGCCACCAGCCUCUCCACUCUCUUUCAUCUCAAGAGGGUCUUAACUCUCCAUUACACUAAAUUCUUUUUUAUAAUCAUAAGGCAUCGGAAAUAUGCCAUUGCUAUACAUAUGAAUACAUGAUUAUUAAUUAUUGUGUUGAA